AUGUUGCUGCAGCCGGACGCCAUGGCGAAAUCUCAGGUCGGAACUCCGUACUUCAUGAGCCCCGAGAUCCUGAACGGGCGACAGUACAACGCGAAGACAGACAUUUGGAGUUUCGGGUGCACCGCCUACGAAAUGGCGACUCUGACGACGAUAUUCGAUGCCAAGACUAUUACAACGCUACUCUCUGGGAUCAAUAAACACAAGGCUACUCAGGUUACCAAGCAACUACAGUACAGCAUUUUUUUUCCAAACGCUGAUAGGCGACAUGCUGCAGCAGGACCCUUCAGCUCGUCCUGAUGCUGGGGAAAUACUAUCGCGUCUUCUUCGCGAAGGCUACAAAACGACGCACCAGGAUAUGACUGCAAGCGCCACAUUGACGUCAACCAUGUCCUCUACAAGGUCAAGUACACGUACAUACCAAGGUCAAGGACAAACGGAUUCAAAGGCCGUGCUGUGGUCAGGGAUGGACUCCGACACUUCCGGUAUUGUGUCGGACGCCAGUUCUAUGGUGAUUCACGACGUCUCGAACCCUCCCUGGCGCGACAUCGACAAGGGCGGUAAGGCUCGGUCAGCUAGAGUGGCGGUUAUUCCACCCAGUCCUGGUGGAAGGUCAAGGACCAAAAGCGAAGGGGGCGUGCCUGAUAUGGAUCUCGGUUUGCUUAAGUUUAGCCAACUUCAGAGAGAGAAGAAACUUUCCCAGUCAAAACUUCAUAAAUCCGUGACUUUUGACCAGGGGGUGCUUACAUCCAAAAUACCUGAGCAUGAGGUAACAAAAGGAAAAGGAGAGGAGGAAGCUGAAGAACUGAUGACCUCAGAAGACAAGGGGAAAAUGCUUCGUCAAAUUGAAGAGGUGCAAAGGUCCCUGGCUCAGACUCUGGGGGAUGGAGUAUUUACUGCUGCCUUCUCUACACUGAACAUACGGACGGACACCAAGAUGGAGAAGGAACUGGCGAGUGUUCUUGGUGAUAAGUAUGACGAAUUUGGGCCAAGAUUCGUGGUGCUUCGAGCUCUUGAGAGAGAGUUCACUGAACAAAGGGACGAUAGACACGAUAUGAAGCGGAAACCGUUGAACAAAACUAUAUAAGGCCACACCAAAUUGAUUAUUUGUUCUGUGGACUUGUUCCCUGAACUGACUGCUGGACAGCAUAUUGUUGAUUUUGUCUGAGCAUCAGACUAUUUACUCUUAAUUCGAGAUAACAGUUUCUCGAUUUAAGCAGUUUCGAAAGAACAAUAUCUCGAUGCAACUAGAUUAGAAAACUGUAUGUUGGUUUUAAUACUUUCGAUAUAACAUUAUAUUGAUGUAGACGUUUAGAGAAAGCUGAAUCUACAUGUAGACAGUUUCGAGAAAAGGGUUCCUCGAUGUAAACACUUUCGGUAAACGGUGACUGAUGACACAGUCUCUGUGCAGAGUUGUGCCCCUUGGGCGUUCGUGAAACCGGAGAUCGAGUGUUUCAGGACAGGGUUCAGCAUGUUUAAUUCCUUCUUUGGCUUGACGGGUGAGGUGAGGUGAAAUUGGGUUUUACGUCAUGCUUGAGAAUAUUUCGCUCAUAUGACGACGUGCAUGCGUGUGUAUGUGUAUGUGCGGCUGCUUG